CACUCAACGUAUGCUCGACUAGAUUCGUUGGAAUCGCUCCUCAACGAACUUCCCUAUAUGUUUUAUCUGGGCCUGUUUUUUGUGAACGUUUUGAUCCUAUACUAUGCCUUUCUAAUGGAAUACAUCGUCCUUAAUGUGGGUAUAGUGUUUCUACCGGAAGAUAUGGACCAGGCGCUGGUGGACCUAGGGGUACUAUCUGACCCGGCCUCUGUCCCUUACGACACGGACACAGAACUCGAUGUGUUCGAGAGGUACCUGGAGUGAGCUGGGGUCCCAAGGCUAGCGAGGCAGAGAGAAGCGCUGCUGCAUCGGCCUGCUCCCCGCGGUGAACUGGACUCCUACCGGCCCGUGAUGAUGAUGAUGAUGAUGUUGGGAGAGACUGAUACUGGGAACUCCAGGAGGAGAUUUACGUUGGCUUGGAGCAACAUUGGCUGCGGGAUGAAAAAGUUGUCAAGACUCAAGACAUCUGGAGAGAGUCAGAACCAACAGACAGACGGGACAAUUCACAGCAGAGUUACAGCUGCCUGUCAAAACGGUCUAACUGUGGCCAAUCAACAAGCAGGACUGUCUAACUGACCAAUCAACAAGCAGAACUGACUGUCCAAUCAACAAGCAGGACUGUCUAAUUGUGUCCAGUCAACAAGCAGAACUGACUGUCCAAUCAACAAGCAGGACUGUCUAACUGUGGCCAAUCAACAAGCAGGACUGUCUAACUGUGUCCAAUCAACAAGCAGGACUGUCUAACUGUGGCCAAUCAACAAGCAGGACUGUCUAACUGUGGCCAAUCAACAAGCAGGACUGUCUAACUGGUGAUCAACAAGCAGGACUGUCUAACUGUGGCCAAUCAACAAGCAGGACUGUCUAACUGUGGCCAAUCAACAAGCAGGACUGUCUAACUGUGGCCAAUCAACAAGCAGGACUGUCUGUGUCCAAUCAACAAGCAGGACUGUCUAACUGUGGCCAAUCAACAAGCAGGACUGUCUAACUGUGUCCAAUCAACAAGCAGGACUGUCUAACUGGUGAUCAACAAGCAGGACUGUCUAACUGGCUAAUCAACAAGCAGGACUGUCUAACUGGCCAAUCAACAAGCAGGACUGUCUAACUGGCCAAUCAACAAGCAGGACUGUCUAACUGGCCAAUCAACAAGCAGGACUGUCUAACUGGCCAAUCAACAAGCAGGACUGUCUAACUGGCCAAUCAACAAGCAGGACUGUCUAACUGGCCAAUCAACAAGCAGGACUGUCUAACUGGCUAAUCAACAAGCAGAACUGUCUAACUGGCCAAUCAACAAGCAGGACUGUCUAACUGGCCAAUCAACAAGCAGGACUGUCUAACUGGCUAAUCAACAAGCAGGACUGUCUAACUGACCAAUCAACAAGCAGACCUGUCUAACUGGCCAAUCAACAAGCAGGACUGUCUAACUGGCCAAUCAACAAGCAGGACUGUCUAACUGGCCAAUCAACAAGCAGAACUGUCUAACUGGUGAUCAACAAGCAGGACUGUCUAACUGGCCAAUCAACAAGCAGACCUGUCUAACUGGCUAAUCAACAAGCAGACCUGUCUAACUGGCCAAUCAACAAGCAGACCUGUCUAACUGGCCAAUCAACAAGCAGGACUGUCUAACUGGCCAAUCAACAAGCAGGACUGUCUAACUGGCCAAUCAACAAGCAGGACUGUCUAACUGGCUAAUCAACAAGCAGGACUGUCUAACUGGCCAAUCAACAAGCAGGACUGUCUAAUUGGCCAAUCAACAAGCAGGACUGUCUAAUUGGCCAAUCAACAAGCAGACCUGUCUAACUGGCUAAUCAACAAGCAGGACUGUCUAACUGGUGAUCAACAAGCAGGACUGUCUAACUGGCCAAUCAACAAGCAGGACUGUCUAACUGGCCAAUCAACAAGCAGGACUGUCUAACUGGCCAAUCAACAAGCAGGACUGUCUAACUGGCUAAUCAACAAGCAGGACUGUCUAACUGGCCAAUCAACAAGCAGGACUGUCUAACUGGCUAAUCAACAAGCAGGACUGUCUAACUGGCCAAUCAACAAGCAGACCUGUCUAACUGGCUAAUCAACAAGCAGGACUGUCUAACUGGCCAAUCAACAAGCAGGACUGUCUAACUGGCCAAUCAACAAGCAGGACUGUCUAACUGGCCAAUCAACAAGCAGGACUGUCUAACUGGCCAAUCAACAAGCAGGACUGUCUAACUGGCCAAUCAACAAGCAGGACUGUCUAACUGGCCAAUCAACAAGCAGAACUGUCUAACUGGCCAAUCAACAAGCAGGACUGUCUAACUGGCUAAUCAACAAGCAGGACUGUCUAACUGGCCAAUCAACAAGCAGGACUGUCUAACUGGCUAAUCAACAAGCAGGACUGUCUAACUGGCUAAUCAACAAGCAGGACUGUCUAACUGGCUAAUCAACAAGCAGGACUGUCUAACUGGCCAAUCAACAAGCAGACCUGUCUAACUGGCUAAUCAACAAGCAGGACUGUCUAACUGGCCAAUCAACAAGCAGGACUGUCUAACUGGCCAAUCAACAAGCAGGACUGUCUAACUGGCCAAUCAACAAGCAGGACUGUCUAACUGGCCAAUCAACAAGCAGGACUGUCUAACUGGCUAAUCAACAAGCAGACCUGUCUAACUGGCUAAUCAACAAGCAGGACUGUCUAACUGGCUAAUCAACAAGCAGGACUGUCUAACUGGCCAAUCAACAAGCAGGACUGUCUAACUGACCAAUCAACAAGCAGGACUGUCUAACUGGCUAAUCAACAAGCAGGACUGUCUAACUGGUGAUCAACAA